AUGGCGAAUACAUUUUUAUUUGCUGUUCUACAAGCCGUAGUCAUACAGACUGCAUAUUCCCAAUGUGUCAACCGCGUGGUAUCUGGUUGCGCGCCGAACGUCGUGGAAACCAUACUGCCAAACCAGUACUUCCCCCAAGCUUUGGCACCAGCCCCAAUUUUACCCGCUUUAGCACCAGCACCUCUGUUGGCGCCACCCGUGACACCACUUGUGCCAGAAAUCGGUUACCCAGCUGUCAUUCAAGACAGCAGCGUCGCUAAUAGCUUGGCAAACGCGCUGCAACUUCUUGUCGUAAGCAAUUUGUUGAGCAGCACUUUGCCGGGACCCUGUGAGUUGCCUUUGCCCGGAUAUCCGGUGGAGAAUGUGUUGCCGAUGCCUAUGUCGCCAUAUAACUAUGUUUACUGA